AGCUUCAAUUAUCCGAAAAAGUCACAUCUUCUAGUCUAUGUAAAGAUAAAAGUGGCCUCAGGCACAGGGAUGUACCACCCUUUCAACGGUAAUGACAUUUACAUAAUAGCACGUUGGCUUCACAAAAUUCUUUAUCUCAUGAGCUCCUCACCACCUCCUUCACAGAUAAGGAAGCUGAGGAUUCUCGUGGUUAAGUGAGGGGCGCGGCGCACAGUGAACGCAAAUCUUCUGCUCCAUCCACCAGACCUCCCCGCCUCCGCCGCGACCAGAACAGCUCGGGUGCGCGCUCUGGGCUAGGGAAAGCGGCGCGAGCCGGGCGGCUGCUCACGUUCAGGCGCGGGGGCGGCUCCGGGGCCUGAGCGGGCGCUGCUGCUGCUGCCGCCGCCGCCGCCGCCGCCGCGGGCAGCGGACAGAGGAGGAGGAAGAAGAGGAGGAGGAGGAGGAGGAGUAGGCUCCAAUUGCCGCCGCCGCCGGAGACCCCCCCCAACCCCCGGGAAGAUGAUUGAGGAAAGUGGGAACAAGAGAAAGACCAUGGCAGAGAAGAGGCAGCUGUUUAUGGAAAUGCGUGCUCAGAAUUUUGAUGUCAUCAGGCUAUCAACAUACCGGACAGCUUGCAAACUAAGAUUUGUACAAAAAAGAUGUAAUUGCACCUUGUUGAUAUCUGGAACAUGAUUGAAGCCUUCCGAGACAAUGGCCUUAACACACUGGACCAUAACACUGAGAUCAGUGUGUCCCGUCUGGAAACCAUCAUUUCAUCCAUCUACUACCAACUGAACAAGCGCCUGCCUUCUACUCACCAGAUCAGUGUGGAACAGUCAAUCAGCCUUCUCCUCAAUUUCAUGAUUGCAGCAUAUGACAGUGAGGGCCGAGGAAAGUUGACGGUAUUUUCAGUUAAAGCUAUGUUAGCAACUAUGUGUGGUGGAAAAAUGCUGGACAAAUUAAGAUAUAUUUUCUCUCAGAUGUCAGAUUCCAAUGGCUUAAUGAUAUUUAAUAAAUUUGACCAGUUUCUGAAGGAAGUCUUGAAGCUCCCUACAGCUGUUUUUGAAGGCCCUUCUUUUGGGUACACAGAACAUUCAGUACGAACAUGUUUUCCACAGCAGAAAAAGAUAAUGCUAAAUAUGUUUUUAGACACAUUGAUGGCUGAUCCUCCUCCCCAGUGCCUUGUCUGGCUACCUCUCAUGCACAGACUUGCCCAUGUUGAAAAUGUCUUCCAUCCUGUGGAGUGUUCAUAUUGCCGGUGUGAGAGUAUGAUGGGUUUCCGAUAUAGAUGCCAGCAGUGCCACAACUACCAGCUCUGCCAAAACUGCUUUUGGCGGGGCCAUGCCAAUGGCCCUCACAGCAACCAACACCAGAUGAAGGAACACUCCUCUUGGAAAUCACCUGCAAAGAAGCUGAGCCAUGCAAUUAGUAAAUCUCUGGGUUGUGUACCCACCAGGGAGCCCCCACAUCCUGUUUUUCCUGAGCAACCAGAGAAGCCACUUGACCUUGCACAUAUAGUCCCUCCUCGCCCCCUGACCAACAUGAAUGAUACAGUGGUUAGUCAUACGUCCUCUGGAGUUCCCACUCCCACCAAAAGGUUACAGUAUAGCCAGGAAAUAUCCAGUCACUUGGCUGAUGAGCAUGCACUGAUAGCUUCGUAUGUGUCACGUCUACAGCAUUGUGCACGUGUCCUGGACAGCCCCAGCCGACUAGAUGAAGAACACAGACUUAUUGCCCGUUAUGCUGCCCGGCUAGCUGCAGAGGCAGGAAAUGUAACCCGGCCCCCAACUGACCUCAGCUUUAACUUUGAUGCUAACAAACAGCAAAGGCAGCUCAUCGCAGAACUGGAAAACAAAAACAGAGAAAUUCUUCAGGAGAUUCAGCGCCUCCGCUUAGAGCAUGAGCAAGCUUCUCAACCAACUCCUGAGAAGGCUCAGCAGAACCCCACACUCUUGGCAGAGCUCCGGCUACUUAGGCAGAGGAAGGAUGAAUUGGAACAAAGGAUGUCUGCACUUCAGGAGAGCCGGCGAGAGCUGAUGGUACAGCUAGAAGGGCUCAUGAAACUACUGAAGGAAGAAGAGCAAAAGCAGGCAGCCCAGGCUACCGGAUCCCCACACACUUCUCCAACUCAUGGAAGUGGCCGCCCAAUGCCCAUGCCUGUCCGUUCAACAUCUGCUGGCUCUACUCCUACUCACGGGCCACAGGACUCAUUGAGUGGAGUUGGGGGAGACAUCCAGGAAGCUUUUGCACAAGGUACGAGGAGAAACCUCCGAAAUGAUCUGCUUGUGGCUGCUGAUUCCAUCACCAACACCAUGUCAUCUCUGGUGAAGGAACUCCAUUCAGCAGAGGAAGGUGGAGAGGAAGAGGAGGAGAAGACACAGAAUAAGAAAGACAGAGGUUAGCCAGGAGAGUCUGGACCAAGAGGUAGUGCAAAGACUCGGAGGACAACAGAGCAAGCUGGCAUUGACAUGAUGAAGGCAGAGCCUUCCCCCAGAGGCACCUUCCCAUCCAUCAUCUUCCCAGUGCACACCUGGACCAAGCCUGCAGUCUGCCUGUCACCACAGCGCCAGGACAAGAAGAGCCAAUGAUGAUGGGAGGAGGGUAGGGGCUGCCAGAGGGUCCUCCUGGUGGGCCCUUCCCUCUCAGAUUCCUGCAUGUACUAGCAUCAUCACCACUCCCCUCAGGGCAUGGGCUCAUCUCUGCAACAAGGAACAAAGAAAAAGAAAGAAAGAAAAAAAGCGCUUAUUCUGUGUCAGUGACCUGGGUUUCUUUCUGACUUGCUGCUAAAAUGUGGGUGAUUUCCCAGGGCGGGGGACACUGUUUUCGCACAUGACCUUUGACCUUAAAAAAACCACACCAGCAGGUUUUCUUCUAUCACACAGAGAAAGCUUCAGGCCCGUACUCAGCUUUAUAGACACCCUUACCCAGGCCACAUGCUAAAAAUAGUCUUGCCUCUCACUAUUGGGUUUCCGCUACAUUUGACAUUGCAUGCUCUGUAACCUGGGGAAAGAAAGUGCUCACUGCUAUGGCUUCAUAGAGUCCAAACCAUUUCCUAUACCGGGAAUACAAGCAAGUAUAUUGUAGGCCAGGGAGGAUGUGGACGGGAGCAAUGUGCCCUGUCUGGUUUUCCCUGGAGGCCAUUUGGUGAAGCCAUGCUCUGCCUUUCAUUGUGCUUAAAUAGUUCCUUGGCAUACAUGAUAAUCAGUUCCAAUUCUUGGUGAUUUUUUUUUCAUUUUUUUCCCUCCUUUUUGGGCUCCAGUGUGUUAUUUUUAGAAGGAGAGCUGCUAUAAAUAUUUAUAAAGGGCAGUGGCUGGAAUGAAGUAACAGACUCCACAGCUGGCUCCCUGCAUACUCUCUGCCUCAGCUGACCUCUAGCCUCUGCCUGAAGAGCCCAGGAAGGCCUGUGAACUGGGCCCCGUGGCUACAAAUGGUUUCCUAUGGAAACAAGUAGAGUCUGUCAGGCUGGAACAGAAAUAUUUAUGGACAACAGAUUGUUUACAUCCCCAUCUACCCUGUCAUCUCUCCUUUUCUACUACCCUUAAGGAAUCUAGGAAUGGAAAUCAUGGACACUUUUAGGCUGAGACAUUUAGCAUUUCUUUGAGGCCUGGAUGUGAAGGAGAAAGGGCCAGAAAAAGAGCUGAAUCAUUAUUAAAGGGCAAGAAGGAAAAUGGGAGAUGAGGAGGAUAGCUACUUUCCCAGGGUUUAGGGGCUCUUGGAAUUCCAAAUCAAAUAGCAUGUGCUCAGGACAGCACAGUACCCCCCCCCGCCCCCAUCAUUGUGACUUGGGCCUUGAGGAGUCCCAAAUGAUGUGAGAGAGAGCCUCAAAGAGAGCUAUGGAGCUAGGAUGUCAGGUCUCAAAUGGUUGUCUCUGAGGCCUACUCUGUUCAUUACAAGGUCACCUAGCCUCUGCAAAGUUGCCUGAGGUCUCCAGAAACAUUAAGGGUUUUGCCUUUUGCUUACCACAGGGAGCCAUUUUUGACCAACUUUCUUCCAGUGUUUGGGUUGGGGGGGUGGGAAUGACAGGCCACAAGCAGGAAACAACACACUCAACAUCAAAGGCUCAAAGAAACUACUACCCCUAAGAAAAUCCCCCUUCUUACAUUUACAGUGUCCUGAGGAUAAGACAUAAGGGUCAGUGAUGAAGUAUGGGGCCAGUAAUGUGGUAGACUAUAUUUUCUAUUUUUGUAUAAAUUAUUGUUUAAUUUCCCAGACUAAUUUAUUUUCUAACACUUCAGAUAAAGGUAGUAGUUCUCAUAGACCUCUACCUCCAGUCCAUGGCCCAGUCAGCACGUGGCUUUAAUUUUUUUUCAGGACACCUACAAAUCAGCAGCAGAGGACGUGAUCCUCCCAAAAUGACCCCAUACUCAGGCUGCCCCACUUUCUUUUCAAACCAGGUUUGGAAGACAGUGAAUUGACAAGCUGAAGUUUCCCCCAUCAUAAAAUGGAAGCACAUAACUUUCUUGUCUACCUCAAACAGUUAUUGAUUAGGUCAGAUGAGAUAAUGGAUGGGAAAAUGCUUGGCAAUGUCCAAGAUGUUAUAUGAAUAUAAGGUACUGUCACAUUAUGACAUUUUUUCAGUGGAUCCUAGAGUACAUUCUUAUCCCAGUUCUUAUGGAGAUUGGAAGUGUAAGCCUCCUUACUAAUUGUUUUAGGAUCAUUUAAAUACCUGAUUUGGACAUGAGGAGCAUUGACUUUGGCAAAAUUGGCAUACACACAUACUAUUAACCUUAGAGCAUUUGCUUAAAGAGUAGGGACUCCAGCCUUAGUGGUACCUCUCAGUAGGUGAACAUCAGAGUCUUUAAGAAGCAAGCACUGGCCACAGUAGUGUUUCGACCAAUAAAAACCCAUUUACAAUAUUUUGGUGUCAGAAUGUCAUCUGACAUUAAAGGGUCACCAAGCCAAUCCAUCCAUGAACAACUAAUCACUCCUACAGCAUCCCUUCCACCCAUCCUCUGCUUGAAGACCUCCACUGAAGGAACCUAUGACUACCUAAAGUUACCUAUUCUACUCUUGGAGAGCUCUAAUUAUUCAGAGAUUUUUCCUUCAAUAAUAAGAGCUCACAUUAAUAUAGCACUUUGAAGGUUACAAAUAGCUUUAAUGAGCAUCAUUUGAUUUGAUCCUUAUACCAAGCCUAAAUCUGCAGCUCUGCAGCUUCAAAUAGUUGUUCCCAAGUCUGUCAUCUGGUGCCAAGAGAAAAAAGACCAAUAUCCCUUCUGUAUGAUAGCUUUUCAAUUACUGGAAGACAGCUAUCCAAUUGCUACUCCCUUCCCCACCAGUCUUCUCUCUAGGCUAAACAUCCACAGCUCCUUCUGCUGAUUCUUAUAUGACAUGGUCCCCAGGCCACGAACUAAGGACCAGAGAAAGAGAUUGUGAUUUGCCCAAGGUCAUACAUUAGCAGAGCCAGGAUUUGAACCCAGGUUCUCAGACUCUUUUUACUGUACCACAUUCUCCUCAUUUCCAUUAUGCCAAGGUAGAAACCAAUAAAUCAUCCUUCUC